GAGGUGAUCGUCCCCAUCCCAGCCCCUGCUCUUUUGGGAGCAGAGGAGAAUGGAGUUCAGUUCUUUUACACGAAGAGUAAAUAUUAGAGAAGUAGAAAUGUUGGGAAAUUCCUUCCUGGAUAUAAAAACUGCAGCCACCCAUUAAAGUCGGCAAAGAGCUAUAAAUGUGACAAAGCUGUUCAAACACACUUAAUCCUCAGAGGGUCCUAAGGAGGAAUUGAGAGAAGAACUGAGAUCAGUUAAAAAAACCCCCCAAACAUCAAGAUGAUGCUGGGAACAUCAAGACCCUGCAGCUUCCUUUGUCCAGGUGUCUGGAUUUUGACCAUAGUUUUGGCCAGAGCUGGAGGAGUUCAAGCAGAUUCUUCUGGUAUUCCCGGUCCACCUGGUCCACCUGGUCCACGUGGUCUACCUGGUCUACCUGGUCCUCAUGGUCCACCUGGUCCUCCUGGUUUACCUGGUGUUCCUGGUUUCACUGGUCCUCCUGGUCCACCUGGUCCUAUAGGUGCUCCCGGACCACAGGGGGCACCAGGUUUGCCAGGGACUCCAGAAUUGAUAUGCCCUCAUGGAUUGCCAGCAGCUGAUGGUCAACCAGGCCCAAGAGCACCACCAAAAUCUGCAUUUUCUGCAAAAGUGGGCAAAAGCUAUCCAGCACCUAAUCAGCCCAUAGGAUUUCAAAAUAUUCUAUACAAUGAGCAGCAAGUCUUUGAUGAGUCAUCUGGCAUAUUCACCUGCCAAAUCCCAGGAGUAUAUUAUUGCACCUACAACCUGGAGGGACACCAGAAUUCACAUAUGAUCCUGGCAAGGAAUGGUACAGAGGUGAAAGCAUCUGAUCAGAUUACCUCGGAUGCUUAUGAAAACCUGCCGCAAAGUGCAAUCGUUAAAUUAGAGAAAGGAGAUAGGGUGUGGUUGGAUGCAAAAAAGGCUCAUGAUGGGAUAACAGAAGGAAGCUAUUUUUUGUGCUAUCUCAUAUAUGACUCUUAGAUUAUGCAGUACUCUGGAUCCAAAUGGCUCGCGUCAUAAUUUGUCCUGCAAACAUUUGGCUAGAUGGUUUUUUCUG